GGUAGUGCAGCCUGACUCUGCAAUGCCGACGCGCGCAAUCAAAGCCAUCUUUUAUACACGCUUCCACCAUGAAAAGGGGAACCGCGUACUCCACCAAGUUCCUCCGGGAGCCAUAAUUCCCUCUACUCUCCCUUCUGCUCUGACCACGCCGCUGUUUCCUUUCUCCGCAGUAACCCAAUACCUCAUACCCACACAGCAGUUUUGCGAUCGCCUGCUCACCUUUUGUGUCAAUCACCACCGUGUCAUUGGCUAUCCCGUCUGCAUACGCGAAGGCAAAUACAGCAGGAACGAAUUCAUCUUCAACUUUGCCAUUGUCAUUGGCGAGAACGAACGUGACUGGGCCUGCUAUGGCGAAGUGGCAAGAAAGUUGGGGCGCUUGCUAAGGGGAUUGGAGGAACAGGGUGGAUUCUUGAGCAAAGAGGAGGUUGGCGUUUGGGACGAUGAAGGAGGAACUAUGGAAAAUGUUACAGAUGAUGGGGUGAGUGGAUUUGGGAUAGGCGGUGGAAGCAAAGUGUAUGCGCUUUGUGAAAUGGUCCUCGAAGACCUGAAUAACUACACCGAAUGCAUGAUACCCAUUGACGAUUCCAACACGAUCAACCUUAAGCUGUUUCCCACACGGCCUCCCCCGCCACCCAUUCUCGCCCACCAAGUACCGUUGCUCACAAUCUCCAUGUCAAGUCUUCAGCAACCCAUAUCCUCAGAUCUCACACUCAAUCGGAUCCUUCCGUAUAUCAACGGGGUCAAUUCAAUAGCACACAUCGCCCAGCUCGCCGAUACCGACCUUUCAUUGACGCGAAAAGCGAUUCAACACCUGGUGUACUAUGGAUGUUUAGUUCUCCUGGACAUUUUUAGUUUUGGAGCAAUCUACGCACCGACAGCCGAGAUUGGUGGAUUCAUUGUAGAUGCAGAGGUCAAGGAUGAAUGCAUGCGCUACGUGAGGGUGCCCAGGAUGAAGUUGGGCUCCAAGGCCAAGGCAUCCUGGAUGGACAGCGAGUCGGCAGACCUGAGUCAAGACGAGCGCAGUUCGAUUUCCUCGUCUACGUCACAGCUGAGCGAGACGGUAGGCUCCACGCUCAAGGUCUCUGAUUUUGACCACCACAUUGCAGCGCAGAAGAAAGAGGAAGAGGAGGAGGAAAAGGCAAUCCAGACCAACCACGAGACGCUGAUAACACUGUACACGUCGCUCCGCCAGGGCCUCACCCUCAAGAACUGGGUGCUGGAGAACCUCGAUCUCCUCUCCGGCAUCGACGUGCGCCGCUUCAUCACCUUUGGCGUCAUCAAAGGCUUCCUCUACCGCGUACACAAAUACGCAAUCGCCACCUCGUCGUCCCUCCCCCCACCCGCACCACCCAGCAGCCUGCAAAACAGCGCCGCGACCUCUCUCGCUAACCUCCGCGACUCGGACACUACGACCAUUCGCGGCACCGACCGCGUCCACCACGCUUCUCAACCAAACAUGACGCAGCAUUCCACUACCCACCACCACGCGCACCACCCAUCCUUCUCCAUCCACAAACCAAGCAUCUCCUCCACAACCUCGCCCAACGCAGGGUACCAGUCCCAGCCAACGAACCCGCAUCACCUUUCCGCACCCAAGCCCGAUGAUCCCCAUCAGAGUCUGAAUAGCCUAGUCGAUGAGCGCGACACCAGCGGCUUGCCCAUGCUCAAGUUCCUCGAUGGCAUGCAUUGUUUCGACGAGAUUUGUACCGAGCUUGGCCUGGCCGAGCGCAUAGUUGAAGGCAAGAUUAGGGGCAUGGGCGACGGGGCGGGGGUGGUGGUGCAUCGAUAA